UAGUUAAAAACAAAUAAAAGUAUCAACUAUGUUUGGUUUGUAUGUGACUCUCUUUCUUUUGUGUAAUCCGCAAAAGGCAACUGGACUCGUACUGUUACCGGCAUUUUACACAUUAACAACACUGGUACCAGUGUGCGUCUGUAAACAAAAGCGGACUUUGGAGCUAAAAUAAAAACGAACAGGCAGAAGCUCGGACAGCCGUUAAAGAAAGGAGGCAAUGUGGUCGGUGAUCAGCAGGGUGAAAUCCGGCCAACGGUGCUUGGAGCUCAGGCUUGGCUUCCGAAGGCACACCGAGGGUCCGGGCACCAUGGCAGUCCAGGACGGGCGAGUGCGUGCGGGCGUGCGAACACACACAGUCCGGCUAGGAGGAGGCUGUGGACUGUGGUACUCCUCAGGGACCCGACUGAACGAAGGGCUGCUCUUCAGACAGCUGUUUGAAUCAGAGAGCAGCACCUACACUUACCUGCUGGCUGACAGGGAGACCAAGGACGCCGUCCUCAUCGACCCCGUACUGGAGACCAUCGACAGAGACCUGAAGCUCGUCCAUGAACUGGGGCUCCAUCUAAAAGUAGCAGUGAACACUCACUGCCAUGCGGACCACAUCACCAGCACGGGGCUGAUGAAGACAAGGUUAGCCGGGCUUAAGAGUGCCAUCUCCAAAGUCAGUGGCGCCUCUGCAGAUAUACUCCUGUCAGACGGAGACAAGAUCGCCUUCGGAAAACAUUAUCUGACCGUGAGAGAAACACCGGGACACACUGACGGCUGUGUGACACUGGUGACACAGGACCGGCGCAUGGCUUUCACCGGGGACGCUUUGCUCAUCCGAGGUUGCGGCAGGACGGACUUCCAGCAAGGUUGUGCUGAAAGGCUCUACAGCUCCGUUCAUGAGAAGAUCUUCACCCUGCCCGACCGGUGCCUCAUCUACCCAGCACAUGACUACUUAGGACAGACGGUGUCUACUGUCGGUGAGGAGCGCAUGUUUAACCCUCGCCUGACCAAAAGCUUGGAGGAGUUUGUGAACAUCAUGAACAAUCUGAAUCUCCCGAAGCCUUCCAAAAUAGAUAUUUCAGUGCCCGCUAAUCUGGUCUGCGGCGUUCAUCACGUUGGAAUGCCCUGCACGAGAAGGAGAGAAUAAAGAAUCAGUGCAUAG